AUGUCAGGUUCCUACGACGAGUCGGCAGUGGCCAUGGAGGAAACCACCGACAGCUUCUGGGAGGUGGGGAACUACAAGCGCACGGUGAAGCGGAUCGACGACGGGCACCGGCUGUGCAACGACCUGAUGAGCUGCGUGCAUGAGCGCGCCAAGAUCGAGAAGGCCUACGCCCAGCAGCUCACCGACUGGUCCAAACGGUGGAGGCAGCUCAUCGAGAAAGGACCCCAGUAUGGCAGCCUGGAGAAGGCCUGGAGUGCCAUCAUGACGGAGGCGGACAAGGUGAGCGAGCUGCACCAGGAGGUGAAGAACAGCCUGCUGAACGAUGACUUCGAGAAGGUCAAGAACUGGCAGAAGGAUGCCUACCACAAGCAGAUCAUGGGAGGCUUCAAGGAGGCCAAGGAGGCUGAUGAUGGCUUCCGGAAAGCCCAGAAGCCAUGGGCCAAGAAGCUGAAGGAGCUGGAGACAGCCAAGAAAGCUUACCACCUGGCCUGCAAGGAGGAGAAGCUGGCCAUGACCCGGGAAGCCAACAGCAAGGCAGACCAGUCCAACACCCCCGAGCAGCAGAAGAAGCUUCAGGACAAGGUGGAAAAGUGCAAGCAAGACGUGCAAAAGACUCAGGAGAAGUACGAGAAGGUGCUGGACGAGCUGAACAAGUGCACUCCACAGUACAUCGAGAGCAUGGAGCAGGUCUUUGAGCAGUGCCAGCAGUUUGAGGAGAAGAGGCUCAACUUCCUCAAGGAAGUGCUGCUGGACAUCAAGAGGCACCUGAACCUGGCAGAGAGCAGCAGCUAUGCCAGCGUGUACCGGGAGCUGGAGCAGACCAUCCGCCUGUCGGAUGCGCAGGAGGACCUGCGGUGGUUCCGCAGCACCAGUGGCCCCGGGAUGCCCAUGAACUGGCCCCAGUUCGAGGAGUGGAACCCCGACUUGACGCACACGAUAACGCGGAAGGAGAAGCAGAAGAAGGGUGAGGGAGUGCCCCUGGCCAACACCAGUGCCAGCGAGCCGGGGGCGGCAGCAGGCGAGCGCGGGAGCGUGAGCAGCCACGACCGUGGGCAGACCUACAGCGCCGAGUGGUCUGAUGAUGAGGGCAGCAACUCCUUCAAUACCUCCGAGGCCAACGGCGGCACCAACCCCUUUGAGGAGGAGUCCAAGGGUGUGCGGGUGCGGGCACUGUACGACUAUGAUGGGCAGGAGCAGGAUGAGCUCAGCUUCAAAGCAGGGGACGAACUAACCAAGCUGGGAGAAGAGGACGAGCAAGGAUGGUGCAAAGGGCGCUUGGACAACGGGCAGCUGGGGCUCUACCCUGCCAACUACGUGGAGGCAAUCUAA